GUAUCGAGAGUUUUAAUCGGGCAAUCGGUCUGCAAAAAGUUGUGGGCUUACCGCGUGUUAUUUGGAGGAAAUAAAAUAAGAUGGACCCGGCGAAGGUUUCAAACCACGGAGUUAUUUCCCUGCGCGAAUGCCAAUGCAGAGGUCGAAACGAUCCGCAGAUGAUGAACACAGAACAUGUGACCAACUACGGGAUUAUGACCACGCGCAAGUGCCAAGGGGAAACCAAUCCGCAAACCCUUAAAUUGGAAACCUUCACAAAUCACGGAAUAUUGGUGCUACACAAAUGCCGCUGCAACUCGGAACUGCUGCAGAUCGACGAAUUGACUAACUACGGAAACGUGGUUAUCUGCAGGAGCUCCUGUAAGUUGGCCAAGAGAAAUGAGCUCAAGGCCUUGGAAGUCCCUAAAAGUAUCGGCUCCAUGGAAGAAGAUGUGACUGCUCAGAAAGCUACAGGACUUCCAUUGGAGCUUAGUGCCUCAACUAGUGUACAUAACACUCCGGAGAAAAAUUCACUCAGAGAAAAUUUAACUAAGUCCAGUGAAGCAACUUGUAACACUGAAAAUCUAAUGUGCCUGAGUGUGCCAAGGAAAAUUACCGAUCUGCCGGCGAUCACAAAAAGUAAUCCCCUAAAACGUACAAUGACUUCCACAGAAACCGUUGAAAAUCAGCCAAAAAAGCUGUGCUUGGCUUCGGCAAACCAAUAUCUCGAUGGCUCUUCGAAAAGCACUACCAGUCAGAAAUAUUUGAUUUCACUUAAUGAUCCAUUAAACCACCACACACAACCCUUGGAAGAUCCGCCAAAACAACUCAGCUUGGUUCUGGAAAACCAAUCUUCUGCACGUGAUCUAGGACCACUCAAAAUAGAGGUUACUACGGUGGAGAAACCCGUACCACGUUCACUAGUUAUGUGCCCACCUUGCGCUAAAGAUUUGCAGGACUAUCUGAACGAUCCCGCAAACGCCGAUCUAAAACCGAAAAGGACAUAUUUGAAGUGCCCUUACUGCUUGAACUUUAAGGCAAAUAAAAGGGAGUUCGGCAACCACAUUGCCACUUGUCAGCAGGAGCACAAGCCCUACAAGUGCACAGGGUGUGCCUAUAAGUCCACCAAGAAAAGUAGUGUUACUGGACACUCUGCAACUUGUUUCUUUGUCCUUUCCGCAAAGAUAUAUGAACAACGUUGCCUAUCACUACAUCAUUUUAGAAACUAGGAAAGCGUCGGUCAUUCGAAUUUUAAACGCUUUUCUGAAGAUAACAGCGUAAAUAAGUUCUUGUCUAUAAAGUUGUUCAAUCUUAAAGCAAACAUUGACCACGCCUAACCUAUGUAAAGCUUACAACAUUUUAUUCUUAAUUUC